AUGUCAGCUUCCACCACCAAGGCCGACGCCAACUCUUCACAGCAACCUACCCAGCAAAAACAGACCCCGCAAGUGCUAGAGGAAGAUGAUGAAUUCGAAGACUUUCCAGUAGAGGACUGGUCACAAGAAGAGACCGAGCAGGGCCAAGGUUCAACAGCGGCUAACGGUACCAACAACACACAUCUCUGGGAGGAGAGCUGGGAUGACGAUGACGAGAGUGAGGACUUUUCCAAACAACUAAGGGAGGAAAUGAAGAAAGUCGAGGGCGCUAAAUAA